UGGUGUAGUCACAGUUGAAUUGGCCAGGAGGCCUCAUGCAUCAGCAAAGGAAAAUAAAAUUGAGACAGGGACUAAUGGAGCAGCUAUUCUAUAAGUGGGCUAGUGUUAGAGUGCGGAGGCUUUAUGCUUAUGGGGCUUGACUGAGCAGGUGGACACAGAAUCUAUAAAAGUGAGGCAAAGCAGCAUUAGCUUCAUGGACCCUGUACAGAUUACAGAGGAGGAGGUGUUUGCUUGUGCUGAGGUUAAUUACGAUGGAUAAAUCCUCAGGGCCUGUCAAAGUUUUCCCUCAGAACCUAUGGGAGCAUUUUCUGCGCCUCCUGGUCGUUUGUGGGGGACGAGAAACCACGACAAAAUUGGCGACUGUGGCAGGACCGGGAAGAGACCCACGGAAAGGAAAUGGCAGAUUGGGGACGCUUCCCCGUCCUCUAGGGACCCCCACAAGGCUAACAGAAUUAAGGGUGCACCAAACAAAAGGUAAGCGCUUUUUGCGACAAUUUGGACUAAGAAUUCUGUUGGUUUUGGGGAGGUCUUGGGGUCUCAGAAGUGUGGAACCACUGCCGAAGGGUCUCUCCAGUCCAAAGAAUCUGACAGAAUUGGGGGUAACAGGAGGCUCAGAGGAUUGAUCAAGAACACUGCAGUGAGAGUAAGUACAAAUAAGCUAAUAAGAAGUUAAGUGAAGAAAAAUUCCAUGUGGUGUUGGUAAGUCCCUGCGGAUACCACUUCGUAUAAAAUGAAGAUCUGAACAGGCAGGGAAAGGGAAAAUGGAGAAAAUCCCUGUGGAUACCCCUUCGUAUGAAACGAAGGUCUGAACGGGCAGGGAAAGGAAAAUAGAGAAAAUCCUCGUGGAUGCCGCCUUAAUAAGGGUCUGAAUAGAUGAGGUGCAAAGAGAAAGUUCUGUGGAUAUUGCUCUGAAUAGAGGCCUGUACGAGCAGAACAGAAUAGGAAACAAGGACAGUCCAAUAUAUAGUUUAAUGCGCUGGUAGAUAGACGAUAGAAUAGGCAUAGAAUUAGAGUAAAUAAUAUCCAGUAAACGAACUGUGAAUCUCUGAAAUACCUUAAAAAGAGAGAACAACAUGACAGGUAAAGGAACGGCAGUAGAGAUUCUGAGCCAAAAAAUCCCGGUAAAUAAAUAUGAGAUCACAAAAACUUCAGAAAAAUGGGAAAAGAGAACCAAAAACCUGGUCACAAAAUGGCCAAGAGAAGGAACGUUUGUUAUAAGCUUGUGCGAAGAAAUGGAGGCACUAAUUAAAAAUUACAAACCAAAAGAUAAAUCUAAGAAAAGAGGGCAAAAAAGAGAACGAGAAAUGGAAGUGCUAAAACUCUUCAGAACGGAGGGAGAAAGGCUGAGGAGGACAGAUAGAAUAUUGAUUACAAGCGAGGAAGACACUAAGGUGCUGGAGAAACAGCCUGUUAGAGAGAGAGGAAGGUACAGUGAGAAGCUGGCUUCAGCUCCGUACCCGGAUGCGAAAGAAACAGAAAAGUCCCCCCACUAUAACGAGGAAGGAACCCCUAAGCAGUGCCCCCUGCAGACAGGAACAGUAAGCAUGCAGGGAGAAGUACAAGUUUGGGAUAAUGAGGAGGAAAAAAGACAAUACGAGAAGGAAAAAGCGAUAUGGAAGGAGAUACAGGCAGAAAGGAUAAAGGUGGAACAGGCAGAGGGAGAAAUGAAAGAAGAGAUUGAACGGAUGAAAUACUUGAGAGAGGAAAAGGAGUAUGAGGAGUAUCGGUUAUACCAUAGAAAUAAACAGACUAAAUUCAAACAGCCCAGACAGGACUGGAAGUCCCAAGGAGGGGGACAGAGGAGCUAUGGGCAGAGGGGACCAGUGAGGAAACAGGGGGAAAGAGAGGUAGAGAGAUUGUGCUGGGGAUGUAAUCAGCCAGGUCACAUGAGAAGAGAUUGUCUGUUUACACCAUGGCCUGUCACACACCAGCAGGAACCGAUAAGAAGGGAACUAAAGUUUAGCCAAGGACCAGCCCCCACAGGCCCAAGCGGACCUGUGAACCCCUAUGCGAGGUAUUAGGGGUGCCCCGAGAACUCGAGUGGGAAGGGACAUUACCCAAUGAUAACAAGGGAGGCAGACGAGGAACCCAUUAUUCAGGUUAUGUUAGAAGGGCAACUGACACCAAUGAUGAUAGAUACUGGAGCCACGUUCACUUGUAUACAGCCACAGUAUCCCCGUCACCUUUCCACGUCAGGAAAGUUUAUUAAGACGGUAGGGUUCUCAGGGAAAACACUGUAGCGUUCUCGCUCGGGUGUAAUGGAAACGCCGAAUUAAACACCGAGAUAAACCGUAGUCAAUGAGAACAAGGUCGCAGUAAGAUUAACCAUUUACUGUUCACUCUUCACGUUAACAUAUGGUGAAAACUGUUGAUAAAACAAUACAAGAAUGAUACAGUAUUUGUUCCCUUCUUGAUAUCACAUUUGCAUUGUAAAUACUUGUAAAAGUAAACUAUAACUACAUUACAUUAAAGUGCAGCAUACAGGCAGAAUUUACCUACGCCAUUGACUGCUUUAAAUACACUUCAAUGCAAACUAUCCGCAACUCUUUAACUAAUGGAAACAUAAACAUUAUCGACCAUCGUUACUUUUAACAGGAUCGGCAUUAACAUUUUAAUUCAACAUAUCGAUUAUCUAUUAAUUUACAGCGUUGCUCUCACUGUGAUUUCUAAUGCUUGCAAACAACUUCUUGCUCGGGUCUGGCUCGUGCGAGCCCCCGCCCUUGCGUCAAUCCCAAACCGGUAUUUUCCCACAAGAUGCGGCGAAACCGGAUGUGACAUCAUCGCAUGCCGAUAUAUUUUACAGGCAAUGAAUAUACUUUAAACAAUCCUAAUUCUAACUAGAAAAUACUAACAAAUGAAUUACUAAGCGAAAAUAUUAUAAACUAAAUAACUGCCAUAAAGGCAACACAGACACAGUGCCCGGCUCCAGUGCAGUUGAGAAUGGGAAAUAAAGGAAUUGUUUUGCUGGUGCUAGUAUCUAAAGGAACUCUGAUUAAUUUGUUAGGCAGAGAUGCCUUAUUGAAACUGGAAUUAAAAUUAGAAUGCACCAGAAAUGGGCUGAGUGUGGAAAGAGCAGGGGUUCAAUUGAUAGUGUGAGAAGACAAGAAGGCUAAUGUCUUUUGGAUAGGAGACAUUGCAGAUCAGAUUCAGGAAACCUGGGAAAAAUGGAAAAAGGGCGUGCAGGCUAUAUUACCCAGGGCUGUAAUGCCCAAAUCUGAGCUACAUUGUACAGUGAUUUUUGACGAGACUCAGAACAGGGAGUUAGAGGAGAGAUGGGACCUGGAGGCAUGUACCCAACAGCACCUGGAAGGGGAGGCUGUGAUAUUGGAAAGCAAGGGGCAGCUAAUACAAGUUAAGUGGAACACCUUUUUAGAAAAAUGUUGCAGGAUACCGGAGGCUGCGCCCCACGUAACGUUGUUGGUAAACAAGGGAUAUCAGUCUAAAGACUUAGGACCCUUAGUUAACAGUGCUGAAACCGUAACAGUGUGGAGGAAAAUCACGCCAGAUGUGUGGAUAUCAGAAGACAACAAUUGCAUUAAAAUAAUGGUAAGUGUAGAUAUGGUAGGGACAGUGAGAGAGGUUGAAGUAACUCCCCAACCACACCUGCCAUUGCUGGGAAAGGAAAGAGGCCAGCAGAAAGAUAGAAGUUUAGAUGAGUUGCCGUCUAUUCUGUGGUCACAGCAUGACACGGAUGUAGGGAAAAUAAAAACAGCGAGUCCCGUGGAAAUAAGGCUGAAAAGGGUUUCCACCCAGGAGACCACAAUACCCUCUAAGACCAGAAACAGAAGAGGGAAUAGCAUUGACAGUGCAGGGGUUGCUUGAAAUAGGAGUGCUUAAAAGAACAAACAGUCCAUGCAAUACCCUGUUGCUGCCGGUCUUAAAAGCAGAUAAAUCUAAGUGGAGAUUGGUGCAUGAUUUGCGAGCGGUAAAUGAUGUAGUAGAGGACUGGCCAGCGGUAGUCCCCAACCCACACAUGCUUUAGACUAAUGUUCCACCAGAAGCAAGUUACUUUUCAGUGAUUGAUUUGUGUUCGGCUUUCUUCAGCAUUCCUCUAGCCGACCAGCGUCAGUAUCUGUUUACAUUUACUUACAGGGGUGCUCAGUAUACCUAUACCAGAAUGCCGCAAGGGUUUAAACAUUCACCAUGUGUUUUUAAUCAGGUGUUGAAGGCAGACCUAGAGGGCAUACUAUUGGAAAGUACAUUGUUACAGUAUGUGGAUGACCUGUUGAUUUGCUCCUACAGUAAGGAACAGUGUGAGCAGGUCGCUAUAACUCUGUUAGAGAAGCUGGCAUACGGAGGACAUAAAGUAUCCAAAAAGAAACUGCAAUUUUGCACGCAGCAAGUGGAAUACUUAGGCAGGGUAAUAUCCAAGGGAGAGAAGGCGAUAGCACCAGAUCAGAUUGAGGCAGUAACUAAGGCCCCAAAACCUCAGACUGUAGGGCAGAUGAUGACGUUUUUGGGAAUGGCAGGGUACAGCUCAGAUUGGAUAGGAGAAUAUGCUGAGAUUGUGGCACCUUCGAGAAAGAUAAUGUGUUAUGAUCCCAGCCCCCUCCUUUGUGAGAAUCGCAAGAGCACCCGUUGAGGGGGGGGGGGGGGGUCAGUAGACCCAGGAAGUGAGAGAGAGAGAGAAACGUGCCAAAUUGCACGUCCCACCCGGGAUACAGAAUAAGAUGACAGCGACUAUUGUCUCAUGGAGACCACGUGAAAAGCCCUCGGGCAAGGUGGGCUGGUUGAGAGAGAGAUUGCAUCAUCCCAACCUGAUUGACACCUGCGACCCCGUGAGGAAGUAUAAAGGAGAGUCUCAGGGGGACAGCCCCUGAGACGCACCAAGAAGACACAAGAGAGUGAUCCCGCAGCAGCGGGAAGCCAUUCUCAAGGAAGCCACGUGCGCUAGAUUCCGGGAUUGGAAUUUGUGGCUGGAAUCACAGAAAACCGCUUUUAACUAACAUCGGGGAGAGGAAACCAAUGCUCCCCCGAUUUCACGGGAGAUUCAUCAAGACUCGGCAAGUUCUUUUCUCUUCUCCCCCAAUCUCUCUCUCUCGGUCGCCCCACGGGAAACCCAGCGAUUUUCAAAGGGCUGAGGCCUGCAGACUUUCUGAGUGACUUUUAUAUUUCCAACGGACUAUCUAUUAACCCCUAGACAACAGCAGAGCUCACUUCUUAAUGAUGGUUAUUACUAUACCCGCACUUUAGAUUGAGUGUUGACGAUGUGCACUAUCUGAAUGUAUGUAUUAACCCUAUUUUUGUGUCCCUUUAUAAAUAAAACGUUUGAAAAUAGUGACAUCAGACUUCAACGGACCUCUCUAUCUUUGCUGGUAAGUUCUCCAGUUACGGGAUUCAUAACAGUUGGGGUUCUCGUCACGGGAUUUGACACCAGAUUGGGAGGCCAGUGAAUUGGGCUUGUAAAUCAAAAACUUGAAUCUGGUUACGCGGGUAGCCAGACGGGAAACCAGCAAAGAUGGACGUGGGUGAAUUUAUGGAAAACCCGACGGUGGGGGCGCUAGAGGCGACCACCAAAUCAGACUUGUUAAAUUUAGCGAAGGGGUUGAACCUCACAGAAGUGAGGUCGUCCAUGAAAAAGCAGGAGUUAUAACUCAGGCCAUAACUCAGUAUUACGUUGAGAAGAAUGUGUUUGAAGAUGAGGUAUUGGAAGAUAUCCCUGACAAAGUACCAUCAAGGGGGACGGUUCAGUUAGAGGUGGAGAAAUUAAAGUUGGAACGUGAAAUUAAGUUAAAAGAGCUGGAAGCUGCUGAGAGAGAGAGAGAGAGAGGGUGAAAGGCAAGAGAGAGAGAGGGAAAGGCAAGAGAGAGAGAGGGAAAGGCAAAGACAGCAUGAAAUUCACCUAAAGAAGCUAGAAGCAGAAGAGAAGGAGAAGGAACGGGCUGAGAAAGAGAAGGAACGGGCUGAGAAAGAGAAGGAACGGGCCGAGAAAGAGAAACAGAGGCAACAUGACUGGGAAAUUGAGAAGAUGAAGAACGAGCGAAGAGAUCAAGGGUUAGACCGAGCAGAGCGGUUUAAUGUUAGUAGGGAGUUGAGAUUGGUGCCCCCAUUCGAGGAGACAGAUGUCAAUAGUUAUUUCUUGCUUUUUGAAAAGAUGGCAGUCAAUCAGAAGUGGCCAAAAGAGCAGUAGGUGGCGUUGUUACAAAGUGUGUUAAAGGGGAAGGCCCAACGAGCAUAUGCGGACUUGUCCCUGGAGGAGGGAGGAGCGGAGAAUUAUGAUGAGGUAAAAAAGGUCAUUCUCCGGACUUACGAAUUGGUACCUGAGGCCUAUAGACAAAAGUUUAGAAAUUUAAGGAAAGGGUGGAAUCAAACGUAUACCGAGCUAGCCCAUGAGAAGGGGGUGCUCUUGGACCGUUGGUGCACUGCGGAAAGAGUGGGCGAGGAUUAUGGGCGUCUCAGGGAGGUACUUUUGAUUGAGGAAUUUAAAAGUUGUGUUCCGGAGGAGAUCCGGGUGUAUUUGAAUGAGAAGCCGGAUAAGUCCAUUUCAGAAUUUGCCAGGUUGGCGGACGAAUAUGUCCUAACCCACAAGACAAAGACUCUCUCGAAUAAAGGUCCCCAAAGAGACCGUGGGAACGAUCGAGAAAGUCCGACAAGUGAGGCAGAGGUCCCACCGGGAGCUAGCGGUAAGGUUGAGGGGAAAAGGCAAGACGGCCAGAGGGUUCCGGGUUUGACCUGUUUUAAUUGUGGAAAGGAGGGGCACAUUGCAUCUCAUUGCUUUGCUCCGAGGAAGGAGUAGGAAGAGGGAAAGCCGCAGUCCCUAUCGGGUGUGCCGUGGUAAUCAGCAGAUCGACCAGAGAGCCGAGGGUAGACAGAGUACGAGAAGGCUCUGAGAGUUGUCUGUCACACAGAACCGUGUCUGUGACGGAGGGAGACACACCAGUUCCCGUAUGAAUCUGGAGGGAUACGGGCGCUGAACUAUCCCUGGUUAGCCAUAAGGUACUAGAAUUUGGUCAGGAAACGGGCAUGGUAAAGGUGGAAGGAAUAAAUAAACGGAUAGAAAUGGUACCCUUAUAUAAGGUCAUCCUGGAUUGUGAGCUGGUGUAUGGAUCAGUUGAAAUAGGGGUGCCCUCAGAAUUCCCGAGAGCUGACGUGGACAUGCUGCUGGGAAACGACUUAGCAGGGGGUAAGGUUUGGUCAGCCAGGCUGCAGACCUGGCGACCGGCGAGUAUGGUGGCCCCGUCCCUAGUGCCCAAGGACCAUCUCGCCGGCGCGGUCACUCGCAGUCUGUCGAGAGAGAGAGCUGUGAACGAGAGCAGUUUAAAUCUGGCCAGUUUUGAUUUGGCCGAGACGUCUUUGCUGACCCUGUGCCAUGCGGGUUUAGAGAGUGGUAAGCCGAAGGGUAGUAAAGUGAAAGGGCGUAAGGGAAAGGAGAUAGAUCUGCCUUUAGUGAAGAGAAAGGUCCUACAGGUAGGAAAUAAAGAUGAGAAACAGGUAAAGGUGUUAAAAGGUCCAGAGUUGGACAUGGAUGAUCUGUCUGGUUUGGCAGAAUUGUUUGAAGAACUUGAGAGUUCUAAAGGUGUUCCCGAUAAUGAGAGGAGGGCAGUCCUAGAUGGAAAGGAUACCCUUGCCUCGAAGCGGUCUACUGAAAGGGCCGAGGAGGUUGUUUCAGCUCACAGGGUUGCGCCUUCCCCGGGUGGGAGCUGCCCAGAGAGUAACUGGGAGGAUCGGGGGAAGUUAGAAUGUGAAAAAGGUACGGGUGUUGAAAGCCUGGAAGAGGCCAAUGUCCCGUUUGAGUGUGUCCGAGAUGGGGAUGCACGAGGUGCUGAACCUGGUAACAGAGCUCAGAAGAAGUCUGAGGUAUCUGAUCCAGUGGAACGGGGCGGCUGUCCUUGUGGGUCAGAUGGACUUGGUUCAGUGGGAAAGGGGUUAAUCUUGGUAACCGGGGGAAGUGUGAGUUCCCUGGUGUUUGUACUCGAAGGUGGGUUCAAAGUUAACGCCGAAUUUAAGAAUGGGGGGGGGGGUGAGGAUUGUUAGCGAAGGAAACGAAAAGUCUGUAGUUUCCAAAUCGAAGGAAGAAAUCUUAAACCUGGCAGAUCGCUCACAGAGUGAGCCGGGGAAUAGCGGGGCCCCCCACUCUAUUGUUAUACCAGGAUGGGGUGUGAAAAAGGCUGCCUUCGACAGGCUACUUGAGCAAAGAGUUCGAAUCAAACACCAAUAGCCUGAAGGGGACUGAUAAAAGGGCCAGCCACCUGGGCAAAAUCAAAGAACUGGGUGGAGAUGGUCUAAGUCUGGGGCAUGGUGUUGCUAAAAUAACCCUGAUGAACGGGGCGGGUGGGAGUUCACCACGCAAAACUACUCAAGCUCCCCACGGGGGGGGGGGGGGCUCGCCAAGAAAGAGGCGACGGUUAAUGGCGAUGCCAUUGUUAGACAGCCAAGCAGGUUGAACGGGUUUGCGCCAAAGCCUGUGAAUAAUAAAGACAGCCCUUUGGAGACCUGCCGGUUAAGUUAAAUGACUGAAACGACUAGUAUUCGCGUAAACUUUUGUAAAUGCACCUAAGCUAAGGUCACACCUCCUUAGUUUUUAGGAGAAAAAAAAAUAGGUGGUUAUUGAAUUGAAGUCUGAUGUACAGUUCGCAAUGUAAGAUCUUAAAGAAAGGGACACUGUGAUCAUUAACUAUUUAGAUACUGACUUGAAUGUAUAACGGUAGUACUCUGUGAAAAGAAAAACUUGUGUAUUGUGUUAGAUUCAAAAUUCCUGUAAGACUGUGUACCACUCCGUUUUAACCGCUGGUAAAAAUGUUUUAAGAGGGGAGGUGUUAUGAUCCCAGCCCCCUCCUUUGUGAGAAUCGCAAGAGCACCCGUUGAGGGGGGGUCAGUAGACCCAGGAAGUGAGAGAGAGAGAGAGAAACGUGCCAAAUUGCACGUCCCACCCGGGAUACAGAAUAAAGACAACAGCGACUAUUGUCUCAUAGAGACCACGUGAAAAGCCCUCGGGCAAGGUGGGCUGGUUGAGAGAGAGAUUGCAUCAUCCCAACCUGAUUGACACCUGCGACCUCGUGAGGAAGUAUAAAGGAGAGUCUCGGGGACAGCCCCUUAGACGCACCCAGAAGACACGAGAGAGUGACCCCGCAGCAGCGGGAAGCCAUUCUGAAGGAAGCCACCUGCGUUAGAUUCCGGGAUUGGAAUUUGUGGCUGGAAUCAUAGAAAACCGCUUUUAACUAACAUCGGGGAGAGGAAACCAACGCUCCCCCGAUUUCACGGAAUAUUCAUCAAGACUCAGCAAGUUCUUUCUCUUCUCCCCCAAUCUCUCUCUCUCGGUCGCCCCACGGGAAACCCAGCGAUUUUCAAAGGGCUGAGGCCGGCAGACUUUCUGAGUGACUUUUAUAUUUCCAACGGACUAUCUAUUAACCCCUAGACACCAGCAGAGCUCACUUCUUAAUGAUGAUUAUUACUAUACCCGCGCUUUAGAUUGAGUGUUGACGAUGUGCACUAUCUGAAUGUAUAUAUUAACCCUAUUUUUGUGUCCCUUUAUAAAUAAAACGUUUGAAAAUAGUGACAUCAGACUUCAACGGACCUCUCUAUCUUUGCUGGUAAGUUCUCCAGUUACGGGAUUUAUAACAAAUGAAAGAAGCAGGACGUACAAAUUUGAAGAACGGCUUAUAGUGGAAUGAAGAGGCGGAGAUAGCUUUCAAUACUAUUAAGCAGGAAUUGCAGUCAGCACCGGCAUUAGCUUUGCCUGACUACGAGAAGGUUUUUCAUUUUUAUGUAUCUAACCGACAGGAGGGUUAUAUCACAGCGGUUCUAACACAAGAGACAGGCACAGGAAAAGCAAAGCAGCUGAUAGCAUACUACAGUACGAGACUAGAUGAGGUGGCUCAAGGGUAUCCACCCUGUUAUCAGGGAUUGGCGGCACUGUACUAUGCAUUUGAAAAGGCAUCAUCUGUAACCCUGGGCUAUCCUGUGACUCUGUACACACACCACAAAGUAACAGAAUUGCUGGAAAGAGGGAAAUUUGUGCUGACGCCAGCCAGGAUAGCAGCGUAUCAGAUGCUAUUGACAUUUCCAGACAUAACUAUACAGAGAUGCACUACCAGUAAUAUAGCCAAUUUUGUCCCUUUACGAUGGCAUUUGCCAAAUUGAGAGCAGAUUUACGGUCAAAACCACUAGAGAAAGGUUCUGUUCGUAGAUGACUCUUGUUAUAGGGAUCACAAUGGAAAUCAUGCAGGGUUCUCAGUAGUGCAGCAGGAUCAGUUGAGCUAUAAGAUUAUUAGGAUGGAGUCAUGUCCCUAACCGUGUUCCGCCCAACUAGCGGAAAUCAAAGCCCUGAUAGCUGCGUGUGAAAUGAUGGAAGGUGAGAAAGAAGACACCUAUACUGAUUCGGCGUAUGCUCAUGGAGUAUGCUAUUUGUUCGGGGCAGUGUGGAAACAGAGGUUUUUAAAAAAGCAGUGGAGAUCCCAUACAACAUUGUCAGCUAAUUCUAGACUUAAUAAAAGCCAUGAUGAAACCUAAAGCAUUGGCUAUGGUAAAAUGCCAGGCACAUAAAAAGGGAAAUGAUGUAAUAACAAAGGGAAAUCAAGCUGCGGACAAGGCAGCCAGAAAAGCGUCUGGGUGUACAUUAGCUGUCAUUGCCCCCCAGGUAAGCCUAACUCCAGAACCUGUGGUAGAGGACCUAAUUGAAAUACAAUGUAAGGCAACUUCGGCACAGACAAUGUGGAGACGAAGGGGGGCCAGGCAGAACCCGGAAGGCCUGUGGAGCAUGGAAGACGGUUUGUUGGUAGCGCCCACCCCUCUACUGACGAUUCUGAUUUCAGAAGCGCAUGGGAUUGACCAUUGUGCAAGGGAGGGAAGUGAUAAAGAAAAUAAAGAAGGAUGGUUUUUGGUCACCUUAUUUACAGGCUUCAGUGGACUUUGUCUUGUCACAGUGCGAGGUAUGCGCACAGAAUGCAGGGUUCGGACAUCAGUUAUUUGACUGGUUAGAAAGUAGACUUGGAGGAUGGGGGGAGCAUGGCUGACUAAAAUGGCAAUAACUGUCAGUAUUGUAUUGUUGAGCUGUGAGCUUGUGCUGUGCUGUUUUCUUCCUUGUCUCAAGUCUCUUGUAGUGCGUGCUGCAACCAAACAAUUUCCGAUGCUCGUGGCAAUUACUGAAGCAAGCUUAGUGGAGAAAGGAACACCGAAAAUGUAUCGUUACAGCCUACAACACCUGCAGGAUGAACAAGAGCAAAACAACAGCGUGGGAGUAGAUUGUAAGGGCUUCUGAGUCUUUUUUCCCUGUCUCAGGUACAAAGGGACAGGUUUUUGGCUCAGCGGCCCAGGGUAACAGGGAGAGAAUACUUUGCGGUCUUGGCGCAGAAAGUGCUUGAGUUUAUUGGGGCUUUUGUGCGUGGACUCCUAGUCUUCUUUCUCUGUGUGAGAGGGGGAAUAUAUUGGAGUAUAAAAGUUGCAUUGUUUGCUGUGUAACCAAAACUAAGUAGUCAGUUUUGAGCUUGCUAUUUUGCUAUGCAUGUAUCCAAUUUAGUAGUAGAAUGAAAUCUUAAGAAUGUAGAAGAUAAUGGUGUGUUAAUGAGAGGUAGCUAAGAGAUGUAGAUUAGAACAUGAUUAAGUCAAUGGGUAGAAACAAUAGUGGUGGAUGUACUUGUGAUACGCAACUAUAGACCGAUUGGAUAUGCUAAUGCAACUAAACCAGGAGAUUGCUAUAAUAAAUGCUAUGUACAAGGAUUGGUGUGCAAUCGGCGACUAGCUGAAUGAUUGUCUCAGCUUUGAUUUGCAAAUUAAAGUUUAAUACUUCUUGAAGCAUCUUCUGUGUCUCCUGCUCGUUUGUGGGGCAUGAGAAACCACGACAAUAGCCAGUGUUGUUCUGGUGUAAGAAAGGCUCUAAAGAUAAACCAGGAAUUAUAGGCUGGUGAGCCUGUCAUCAGUAACGGGAAAGUUAUUGGAAGGUAUUCAAAGGGACCCAAUAUAUGAGUAUUUGGAAAAUUGGGG